UGUCUGCACACCUCACAGUGCUAACAUUGUGUGACAUACUGCAGCUCCCUGGCUGAGACUCACUGGUGAUGAGCUUUUCCAGCCUAAGAUUACUGGCUUGUGUUUUACCUUGCAUAGAGGCAGGUAGAAGGCAGGGCAGGGUGGCACCUUAGAGACUUAUUGGUUCAGAGAGCCAUGAGCUUUCACAGGCAACAGCCAGCUUGUGAAUGGAUGUGCUAUGAAUGACAAGUCCAUUCAUAGCAUCUGAUAAACUAGGCUGUUGUUGAUGAAAGCUCAUGUCUCGCUCAACCAGAUAAGUCCAUAAGUGACCGCCUUGCCCCAACUUCUGCCUGAUUUCACACUAGCAUGGAAAACCACAUCUUUGUCCAGUGGGUACUGCUGGUCUAAUAUCUUCUCAAGAAGGGGAGAUGGUUGUGGAAGGGUGUGCGAAAGCAUGCUUGUGUCUGAAGUAUCUGCCCAGAUAUCUUAACAAUCACUUGAACGGUCUUUCCAUCCCUAGCCUAUUCAUUAUUAGCUAAAAUUUGGGAUUUUGCUGCAGGCUGCUGAAAAAGUUAAGAGAAAGAUGCUUCAAACCAGAACUCUUGGUCUUUAUAGGUCUUCUUGUCUCAGACCAACAUGGCUACCAAGUACACCCCAGAGAAAGAUACUUGAAAUUUGUCCUUGAGUUUUACCUCUAUCUUUCUCACUCCCCCAUUUUAUUUUUAAAUGAAUUGCUCUGUUGCCAAAAAAAAGAAAGAAUGAAAGACCGAGCUAAUUGUAUGGUGCUGUAUAAAACCACAUAACUGCCGUUUGCCAAAGGCAUUGGAAUUUCACCACUGAAUAUUAUCUCCCCUUCUGGGACCCCUCAGAGACAUGGCCAGUCACCGUUGGUAUUUAGCUUUACAAAUUUAGUCUUUAAAAUUCCCUGAUCGUGUUUGAUUGGCUAGGAAUAUGGAUGCAGCCUCUGCAGGAAUACACAGAUAUAAAGCAAAGCAUCUCCAACCUUUCACUUGAACACGGAGCUCUGGUGGCAGAUGAAAAAUGUACCCAAUCACCGUGAUCGCUUUUGCUUUUGUGAUUCCAUCUGCUUUUGCAGGGCCCUGGGCAAAUAUAUGUUCAACUCAGCUGGCAAACAGAGUAAGAGGCUGCGAUUCCAAAGGCUGCGGAGGAUACACCAAUGAAAGAGGAAGCCAGAUGCAUCAGGGGGUAGAUGUCAUCUGCAAGGAUGGAUCAGUCGUGUAUUCGCCAUUCACUGGAAACAUUGACAGAAAAGUUAAGCCUUAUGGAAACCGUAAUGCCAUUGAUAAUGGCAUUCAGCUUUCUGGAUCAGGACAUUGCGUUAAGAUGUUUCAUAUCAAACCAUUCAAGAGCAGAGGGCCCAUCAAGAAAGGCCAGAGACUUGGUAUAAUGCUCCCAAUGCAAAAAGUGUACCCUGGAAUUACAUCUCACGUUCACAUCCAGAAUUGUGACUUGACCGAUCCAACUCACUACUUGUAAAUGGAAAAGCACAAAUGUGAACCAAAGCUUUUGAGCUAUUGCCUGUGUAGUUAAAACUGUUUCUCUCUAAAUAAUGGAGCCAAUAAAAUGGAAGCCCUUUUAUAAUGAA